CAUCAGACAGUCCAGGUGCAUUUCAAAAUGGACUAGCUGUGAACAGACCCAUCCCAAUUUGCAAGACGAUCGCGCUUUGCCGAUUAAAUUCGGCCCAUGUGAGCAAAAUUGUUUCGGCAUGAGUCCGGCCGAGUGAGGUCCUUGUCAAGCAGCGGAAAAAUGUCGAUAUCGCACUUGUUCGUGGAAGCAACUCGCGUCUGAAGAAGCUCUCGUGUGAAAGACGCAAUUACUUGGUCAUUCAAUGAUGGAGUGGGUCGAAAUUAUCGAGCCUCGCACAAAGGAGCAUAUGUAUGCAAACCUCUCAACAGGGGAGUGUGUUUGGGACCCACCAUUUGGCGUGCCUGUGAAAAAGACUGAUGAUAAUCAAUGGUGGGAGCUUUUCGACCAGGCAACUCAAAGGUUCUACUACUACAACGCAACCUCGCAGAAGACUGUGUGGCACCGGCCUCACAACUGUGACAUCAUUCCUCUGGCCAAGUUGCAGACUUUGAAAAAUAAUACUGAAGUCAGUGACGAGAUCUCUUCAAUAAAGAAAGAGUCGGUUGCCACUCAGACCCCAGGCAGAUCAGUUAAAUGGCCUAAGUCAGAAAAGAAAGACUCUCUUGCCACAACUCCAGUCCAAACACACAAAACCCCUUCUUCCUCAAAAACCACACCGACGAGCAGCUCCUCUCCCGGUGGCAAACCUGCAAGCAGUCAAACGCAAACCAGUCCAGCGAGUUCCCCUCUAUCGAACAAAAGGACACAGCAAGUGAGCCCUUCAUCUCCUAGUGCGAGUCCAGCCUCUGAGGAUUCCAACCGCGCAAGAGGAGCUUUUGUUGAAGAGUCGGAGAGGAGAAGUCGGCGCAACAAAAAUGGCAACAAAUCCGAGUCCUUCAGGUCGGCCAGUUCUUCGAACGUUCCCCACCAGCAUGCGUCAGUCGGCGAUGGCUUUGCGUCGUUUGAAUCUCAGAAAACCCCACCUGGAUCCACACCAAAGAUUCAAUCCGGUAGCAGCAGUGGUCGCACCAGCAACCAAAGCCGCCACCAGAGAGAAUUCAGGGAUGCCAAACACUCCCCCAGCACCGAUAUUGGGAUCACGGUUUCCACAAGUACACCUAUUUUCAAGAAAAAGAGCCCCAGCGCUGCUGCCAUCAGCUCCACGGCUGCUCAAAGUUUAGACAGGUACGGUCUCUCUGAGCAGCCGAGUUCUUUUGUGAUUCCAAAGCAGCGUAGUUUUGACAUCGCCAAGGAAAAAUCUUCGCCUUCCACGGACAGAGGGGCUUCCCAGCAAGACGCAGCUACAAACUACUUGUCCUCAAGCUCCCUAUGUCGCAGCUACAGUUUCAUGCAGUCCAGGCCUGAGUCGUCAAGCACUAAGUACCAGCAGCAGCAACACCACAGUCGCAGCUGCAAGUACAACGAUGAUGACGCCAUGCACGAAAAGUACUUCAUGGUUUCUCCGUCAGGCCUGAGAAGCGUCGAGUCCACACCUCAAGCUAGACGCAAGUACUUGCCCACUGGCCAGGACUACCUGCGCACCGAGACCGCUGUGGCUCUGGUCGGACACAGGAAGUCGUCUAACUCGGAAAAGUACCUCCACGAUGGUGCUUGCUCGGCCGAUUCUAGUCCUUUGACCAGAGCAGAAAACACAGUGAUGGGGACAGCGCAAGAGGCAACUGCUGCUGAGACCAAACUGGGGUUGAAUAAGUCAAUAUCUUCUAAUAGUCCUCUGCUCUCUCCAGCUGACUCCGGCUUGCACACUACUGGCAGCAGUUCAAGCAGGCGUGGAACCGACAUAACGCGAGAGCCAAGUUUCUCGCAUAGAUCAGACAGCGAAGCAACUUCUGGCAGCAUCCGAAGCAGCUCUGAUUGCGCUCACCACCAUAAUGGCUCAGCCUCCUCAAGUACAGCCAGUCGCUCGGUGGUUGGCGAUUCCACUUCCAAGCAUCUCUACACUAAUCUUGAUUAUUCCUAUUCAAUGGAUCCAGCCAUGCAAGCCCACCUACUUCCUCUGCAGCAAUACAUUCUAGAGCAAGCAAAACUUUCAGGUUGUUACAAAUUUGGUGAUCCCCUGAAUGAUGAACAAGAUUCUCUCCACUCGGAGGAAUCAGCCGGUCGUCAUGAUGACGACAGUGAUGAGUUUGCUGACGAUGAAGGCAUGUCAAACCCUGACUCAAGUUCUCAGGAGUAUCUAGAUGACGCGCAUUACCUGGACCCCGACAGCGACGACAAUGAUCUGCCAAUUCCCAGGCGGACCUGCAGCCAUCAUCAAAGUUCCUCUUCCAAGCCGCAGCCACCGCCACAUCAUUUGGCUUCUCCUUUCAGCUACUCUAGCAGUGGUAGACCCAAGCCAAGCCGCAGCCACACACUCAUGGAGUCGUCAAGGGGCAAUUACGACAUCCCUGAAAGUAAAAAAGAUGACGAAGCCACUUACUAUAACGCAAUGGCAGCCACCGCCUCUUCUGCCAGUGUGUUGACCACUGGAGGGGUGAGAGGGAUGAGUUUGGCGCUGCAAUCUGGCCUGUACCCUCUUGAGACUCAGCAUGCGUCCUUGAAACGUAAAAAGGAACCUGCGCCAAUGCCUCCCGUUUUGUACUCUCCAGUCAUGGAGAAAAACGAGUUGCUGUGUGCUCCUCAAAGCAGUAACCACCCGCAGCACCAUUAUCACCAACACCACCAGAACCAACAUCAGAUGAUGUGUCUCUCUUCCAAUGGAGGGUGUCGCAUGCAAACCCUGCCAAUAGCUAUUUCACCCCCAAACUCUUAUCUUGUUGGCCCAUGUGUCUUCCAGCCCAUCGCAAUGCCAGCGGAGCAGCUGCCAAGAGUAUCCAAAUUCACCAUGAAUCCAGCUACAAAAGAAAAAAGACCACCUUCGGACAGUGACAUUGAGAAAUACGCUGAGGAUAAUCUUAAUUUCCAUAAGAAGGGAAUCUUCAGGAAGAAACUAGCAAUCCGUGACAUGCUCUCGUGGACACAAGAUGGUAUCCAAAAGCCAAUGUUGGUUCUGAAUGACAAGGCCCUUAAAAAAGAAGCCUGUGAACUUUUCAAACUGGUGCAGGUUUACAUGGGUGAUCGCAAAACUAAACCAGGCAGCACUUUAUUCUCUGUUGCACUGGAAAUUUGCAAUCUUGGUUACAGCAAGCCAGGACUUCGUGACGAGCUUUAUAUUCAAAUUUGCCGGCAAACAACCGAGAAUCCUAGAAAGGAAAGCCUUCGGCGAGGAUGGGAACUUUUAUCAAUUUGCUUGGCUUUCUUUCCGCCAUCUGAAAAGUUCCAGAAAUACUUAGAUGGGUACAUGAACAGGCAUAGGGACCCAAGCUUGAACUUCCCUGAAGUAGGAAAGUGGCCCAUCCAUGUUCAAAUUAGUCAUUUUGCUAAGAUUUGCUGCCAGAGAUUAGAACGGAUAGGAGCAACUGGCAGGAAGCAGCCAAAGAAGCCUACAAUUGAAGAAAUUGAGCAGGCUAAACUGCAAAUCUUUCGUACCAGCAUGUUUGGCAACAAUUUGGAUGAAGUUAUGGAAGUGCAAAAAGAUCGAUAUCCUCAGAGAAAAUUACCUUGGGUGCAAACUACACUCUCAGAAGAAGUUCUCAGGCUUCAAGGAGCACAGACCGAGGGAAUAUUUAGAGUGUCUGCUGAUAUUGACGAAGUGGCAGCAAUGAAGUCGCAGAUAGAUCAGUGGCAGUUAAAUGACUCAAACGACCCCCACCUUCCGGCGUCGCUACUUAAACUGUGGUACCGAGAGCUCUACGAGCCCCUCAUACCUGAUACGAUGUACGAGGAAUGUGUCAAAUGCCACGACGAUCCUCAGUCGUGCCUUGCUAUCGUCCAGAUGCUGCCCGAGCUCAACAGACUUGUGCUGUGCUACCUGGUCAGAUUCCUGCAGAUUUUUGCCAGGCCAGAGGUGGUCCAAGUGACGAAAAUGGAUGCGAGCAAUCUUGCUAUGGUAAUGGCCCCUAAUUGCCUUCGAUGCCGGUCGAACGAUCCCAGAAUAAUUAUUGAAAAUGCGCGAAAAGAAAUGGCUUUUAUGCGCACGCUGAUCCAGACCUUAGACACAAGUUUUAUGAGUGAAGUAUUUUAAAUUGUUGAAAAUUUGCAUCAUUCUUGAAUUCAAAAUAUGCUACAAUAUUAACCAACUAACAAGCAAAAUCUAUUCCAAAUAAUCAUUUACAAGAGCUCUAUAGUGAGUUCCACAUUAAGAAAAACACUGUUUGGAUUGACCCUUGGUACACCUUUUAGCUUAUUAGUCUCUGCCUGUGAGGGAGCUUCUUGCAAGUGUCAUUCCAAUACUUGUUUUGCACUGCUAGUCUUUGAUUAUUUUGAGGGCUCCGAACCUCUUUGAUCCCUCUUUAAAAAGCAAAAUGAAUCAGUAAUGGUUAUUUCCUACUUCAAAAUUCCUCAAACAAACUUAAACAUUGUGGAACUUAGUGUCACAAAAGAAAAUAAUUCAAUUUUCGUCACAUUCAAUGUUGAAAACGACUGGUCCAAUUUUAGUCAAGAUUGCCAAAUGCGUUGGACCUGCUUUGGAGCAAUACAUUUAGAUGAUGUUGCUUGAAGUCUGUGAAAUUUCAGCUGAACAAUAGGUAGUGCAUAAAAGAGCCUAUAUACAUAGAAAUACCAAAACAAAACUUAAAAUAUGUUUUAAAAAAUUAUCAAAAAGUAUAUUGAAAAGGAAAGGAAAUUUUGUACCGAACUGAGGCAAGCAUAAUUAUUUGCUGAAAAUUUAUUUUUAUCUCCGGGAUAAUUGAUUUGCAUGUGCCAUUUUUGUUUAAGUAAUUGUGGCACUCGUACUAAUUGCAUUGUCUGAUCACCAAAUUUAUAUUGUUUUUUCCCAAUUAUUGCAUUUAUUUUUACCACCACUGGAGGCAAACUCCUCUGGUUUCUUCUCUUGCCUUCCUGAAAUCUCAACCGAGAUCAAGAAUAAUAAUUUUUGAGACUUCUGAUAUACCUAAAAAUUUUCUGCCUUUUUCCUCUUCCAAGUGUCGCAUUUUCUAUCAACGUGGUUGUAAUAAUUUACGAAUACUGACGAAUACCAUUAAGUUACAUUGGUUAUUUUACUUAUCAGAGGUCUUACCGCAGCUUCGCGGCGGCGGCCAGUGUGGCUGAUUCUGAUUGUCAAAUAUAAGUAUUUCCUCCCUGAAGCCUAAUCUUCUCUGUCCCAAUAAUAUCUAUGCAUUUCGGCUGCCUCUUGAAUAAAAUUAAAAUACUGCAAAUAUUGCAAUCACUAAUAAUCUUGAAGUAUAAACUGCGCUAUUGGGCUACACUUGCAACACUAAAUUUCUUCCCAGAAUUGAAACGAGUAAACCAAAGAAUAAAAUGAAAAGAUUCGUCAAACAUUUUUAUUUUUAGAAAUUUUUAAUUUUGUACUUAAAUUUAAAAAUAGUAUUCUUUUUACACCUUUCUUUUUUACAACUAUUGUUUAUUCUUCUCAGUCAUUCUCUCAUAUUAUGUUUUACAAGUUUUCCUGAAUCUUCCUGUGUGAUACUUAUUUUUGCACAUCAUAUGCGGCUUGAAAUCUUUUGCUAUCAUUUGCACUCCACUGGAAGUGCGCUCUGGCCGUAAAACUUCAUUUGAAUGAAAAAAAAUCACUUGUUUUAUAAGUGAAUGAUGACCUGGGGUGUGAGGGUUACAAUGACCCCAAAUCAGCAGUGUUAUUACUGAUUGUUACCCAAAGCACGUUAUACACUAUAGUACUCCAAUUUUGGCCAAUUUAUCAGCAUAUAAAAUUGAUUUACAAAAUAUCCAGCCUGAUGCCGCGGCGGCUGGUUUGAUUUUUAAGUGGCCUAAAAAAGCCUGGCUGGCUGCGACCUCUACUUUUUUUUCUCAUUAUCAAAUAAAAAUCUCUCCGCCAAAAAUUUCCAACACAAAAAAAAAAUUCGGCCGCCGCUAUGAACCUGUCAAAGAAACUAAAUUAAAAGUGAAUACUUGUUAGCCUCUAUGAUUUUGUUGGAAUUUUGUAUCUGAAGAAAAAAAUAACACUAUUGUGGGACGCUACUGUGUACAUAUUGAAUCGUAUAAUGUAACAACUAAUUAUAUUAUAUAUAUUAUCCAGAUAACCAAAAUACAAAAGUCACAUACCAAAAUGGAAUAAAACUAGCGUAUUAUUUUUUUCUCAUAUCCAAAAAUAAUCAUAUACAUAUUAUUAUAUAAUUUUGAUAAUUUUUUUUUUUUUUUUU